UUUAAGUAAUUAAUUUUCCAAAUUAAAUAAUUAAUUAAUUAGUUUAUUUAUAAUUAAUUAAAUUUCUUAACAAUGUUUAUAUCACAGACACAAAUGGCAAAGCUUGCUUUGCUCAUUUGUUUAUUUGGAAUACAAACGGGUGCGGCCAGCAAAAAGCAUUUUAAAUAUGCUAUAGAUGACUUAAAGUGUCCCGGCUACAACGAAGUCUACACCGAAUGUUACGGCCCCUGCGACACAACCUGCAACGAUAUCUACGACCUCCAAAAAAUCACCAAAUGCAGAUUCAACCACUCUCCAACCAUCGUCAGUUCCGAAGAAGAAGAAUCCUACGAAGAUCAAAGCCAGGAAGAUGACGACACUGACCACCAUUCUUCGAGCCAAGAAUUCGAUAAAUGGUCCGACGAGGAAGAAGAAGAUGAUGAUGAUGAUCAUGAUGAUGAAUCCAGUGAAGAAAAAGAAACUGAGGAGGAUUCUAAGGAAAAUUUGUGCCAGGAGGGUUGUAUUUGCAAGAAGGGCACUGCCAGAGAUAGUUCAGGGAUCUGUGUGCCUUUUGUUACUUGUGAUAGGAAGUUCUUCAAUGUGGCUCUUGGGCAAAGAUCUUUUGAUGAUGGUGAAGAGUUUGUGGGGCAGAUUGGAAGGGAUAUUCAGAAUGCGCAACAGCCAGAGUCAAUUGGCAAACACGAGGAAUACGAAGAAGAGAUAGUAGCCUUGGAUUGUGACGACAACGAUGAAACCAAAUGCAAAACGCGCAAAAUUCCUGAAGAAAUUCAAGAAUUAGUCAGGAAAAGACCUGACUUGAUUUUGCCAAUUUUGGGAAUCACUACAUCAACGGACUCUCAAGAAGAAUCUUUAGACUAUUGGAACAAAAACGUGAACGAUAGCAAAAUUUGGCAGUAUCAACAAGAAGAAGAUAACAGUGAUGGCCAUAUAACUUCUUCCGGAAAUGUUUUUUGGUACAGAAGUUGA